GAGUGCUUCGGAGGGGAGUACCGACCCAAAGUCUACGACCAGUCCAACCCCUACCCAGACGUGCGGAGGCGCUACUGGAACGCCUACAUGCUGUUCUACCAGAGGAUCAGUGACCAGAACUCUCCGGUGCUGCCCAAGAAGAGCCGUGUCAGCGUCAUGAGACAGGAGGCCGAAGACCUCACCCUAUCGGCCCCCUCCUCCCUGACGUGUCCCCCCAGUCAUCCCCCCGGGCCCCCAGGGCCAACAACGACCGGCUCACCCUCCUCACCCGUCUGGUCCGCAAGGGGGAGAAGAAGGGCCUGUUUGUGGAGAAGAUGCCUGCUAGCAUCUACCAGAUGGUGCGGGAUGAGAACCUGAAGUUCAUGAGGAACAGAGACGUCUACAACAGCGACUACUUCAACUUCACCCUCUCCCUCGCCUCCGUCAACGCAACCAAGCUGAAGCACCCGGUCUAUCAGGCCAUGGCCAAAGAGAGUCUACAGCUAGCGGUUCACUUCCUCUUCCACACCUACCUACGCACCAAGAAGAAGCUCCGGGUAGACACAGAGGAGUGGAUGGCUACAGUGGAGGUGCUGCUGUCUAAGAGCAGCGAAGCCUGCCAGUGGCUGGUGCAGUACCUGGUGGGACCAGAGGGCCGAGAGAUCACCAAGGUGUGUCUGCUGGAGUGCAGCAUGAGGGAGAUCAGGGCUGUGGUGGGCGCCAUCUUGGAGAAGACCUUGGAGAGCGCGCUCCACUUUGGCGACCCGGGAUUGGACAGCCUGACCGACGCCCUGCUCUCACUAUUGGAUAAGGAUGUGCCAGAGAACGUCAAGAACUGUGCCCAGUACUUCAGCCUCUUCAGCAACUUUGCACAGAGGGGACAUGGGCCGUGCCAGUUGUUGUUGAAACACUCUGCGUAUCGCAGAAUGCUUAUCUUCCUUCUGGGGCCCAACAGGCAGAACAACCAGAACCGGCGCUGGAAUCCAGCUCAGGCGCGAGAGUUCCUCCACCUCCACACGACCCUGGCCAUGAUCGCCCUCCAGUCUGACCUCAGCACCCAGAGGACCAGGACACACCUAGGAGCUCCCGGCUCCUUCAAGCUGAGUGUGGGUGUCAUCCCUCACUCCACCUCCCUCCUCCCCCUCAACCCCGACAUCCUGGCCUCGCUCUUCACCCCGGAGGGGCAGCCCUACCUGAUGGAGGUGAUGUUUGCCAUGCGGGAGCUGUCUGGUCCACUGGCCAUCCUCAUAGAGAUGGUGACACGCUGCUCUUUCUGCAACGAGCCCUUCUCCCUGGGAGUCCUGCAGCUGCUCAAGACCCAGCUGGAGACUGCUCCACCACACGAGCUGAAGAAUGUGUUCCAGAUGCUGCAGGAGCUGUUGGUGGUGGAGGACCCCCUCCAAUCCCAGAGGCUCAAGUACGCCUUCGAGUCAGAGAAAGGCCUCCUGGCUCUGAUGCACCAGAGCAACAACGUGGACAGCAGCCGAUGCUACCAAUGUGUCAAGUUCCUGGUCACCCUGGCCCAGAAGUGUGCUCCUGCUAAGGACUACUUUAAGGACCUCUCUGGUCACUGGAGCUGGGCAGUGCAGUGGCUGCAGAAGAAGAUGUCAGAACACUACUGGACUCCACAGAGCAACGUCUCCAACGAGACGUCCACCGCCAAAACCUUCCAGCGUACCAUCUCUGCUCAGGACACCCUGGCAUAUGCCACAGCGCUGCUGAACGAGAAGGAGCAGUCAGGUAGCAGUAACGGCUCUGACGGCAGCCCAGCCAAUGAGAACGCCGACCGCAGCCUCCGACAGGGUUCGGAGUCUCCCAUGAUGCUUGGUGAUUCUAAGAGCGAUCUCGAGGACGUUGACCCCUAGCAACUCAGACCAGCAGAAUCCCUCCAAUAAGGAGGCGGCACAGUUCCUGGCAGCCAAUCGAUAGACUGCAGUUCACCUCUGAUUGGUCAGGACCCCUGCAACCGCCAGUCAGAACACUUUUCUCUCCUGGUCGCUGGAGCAACAUAAGGAUACAUGAAUAUUCAUGAUUCACUUCCUGCCAGGCCAGACUAGUCGAUAAUUCAGCUGGACCAUCAUCUAGGGGCAGGAGGGUUGGUGAUGAAGAAGAGUAAUCCCUCCAUGACGAUGGAUGACUUCAGUUAAUUCUUCUUUCGUUUGUUCACUCACUCAGAAUGGAAGAAAAGGGUUUGCAUUUUAAGCUUUUUUUUGUUUGUUUAGGUGUUUUUUUUUUUUUUUUUUUUUGCUCAUGUUUGCCAAUGUAACUAAAUAGACAUAUUCCUAUUGUAAAGAUUUUUGUUCCAUAGGUGUAAUUUCAGAUGUAAGAUAAUAUUUUAAAGGCUCCCCGUGCGACCCCUUCUAUCGGUGGGUUAGUUUGGGGGCGUGGCUUCAACUC